AUGCGGAUACUAGCCGUCACUAUGCGAACUUUUGUUUUUCCCGAGGGGUCAACAACUACGGUGAAGACCCGUCUUCCCAGUACAACGCGAGCGGAUGGUGAAGGGUCUUCUUCAAGACCAGUCAGCGCACCGCCAUCUCAUCCCUCUUACUGGAAAUCCUACCUGUGGGAGUGGAAGGAGGAUACUGAAGUUCCUCACCCGGGAGGCAGGAAAUUAAACGCAGGUAGGAAUGGCGAAAAGAAGGCAUUUGUGGAGAUUGCGAUUGACUUGUACCUUCUUUGGAAGGCAGUGGUAACUUGCAAUGCCGUUGUAGAUCAGCCCUCAGGCCUCGCCUCCAACACACGUGGAACAACUCGAGGCACUACAGCAAUGCGAAGUCUUCUCACUGCAGCACAAUUCCAUCGUCGACGCCGUGAUCACCUGUGA